GACUUCCGAUGAAUUUGCUUUGGGCGUGAGUUCUCAGAAAAUGUAGUUACCGGAAGUCCCGGUUCUCUUUUGAUCGAUGUUUUUUACCCCCAAGAAAAUCCCUGGAAAUGUCUCUGCUGCUUUCAGAUUAGGACCCGAGUGUUUCAAAGCGAUAAUUGAUGCUAAUGCUUGCCUGCUGAUCAGGACUCCAUGAUCAAGAGCCAAGACCAGCAUUCACAAGAGACUUGUGAUUCUGGUAAACAGCGUCCCACGGGCGCUUGUUAAUCACAAAACCCUCAAAUUAGAAUCAUUAGGACCUCACAAUCUUGCUUAUCACAUGUAAAACACAAUUCCUUGCAAUUUGGCAUCUUGCGUGAACUGGGUUUUUUGGCCGUGAGGUGAUCGUGUCCCUGCAUGGUGACGAAGAAACAAGUAACCCAUAUCCCUUUGUUCUGAUCCGUAAGCAAUGUCUGCCGCGAUGUGAGCACGGGUGGGAUGAGAUGAUGAGCCACGUGCCUGCUCGCUUUAAGCCUCCUUACUCCAUCUUUCUUCACAGGAUUUGAUGUUUCAGAGGCGUCUCAUGACUCAAUUCCCUUAGAAUUUCCCUAAAUACAAGCGCCAUCUAGUUCGUUUUGCAUCCUCCCUCUCUGCUCAGCAAGCUAAAGCAGUAAGCUUGGAAAAAUGAUCAGGAGGCUGAGUUUCGUGCUGUGGUUGAGCCUUUUGUCCGUAGCUUUUGGCAAUCCCAGGUCCGUCGUCUCGCAGCCCCACGCACUUAAGUCCUUCAAGGUCAAUGACACUCGGAACGAAGGGACCUGUACCUAUACGGUAUCGGUGAGGACGAGCUGUCUUUCGACCAGCAACACCAGAGACCAAAUCAGUCUUGUGUUUGGAGAUGGCUAUGGCAAUCAGGUGUAUGUGCCCAGGCUGGACAGUCCAUCCAGCAGGGCGUUCGAGAGGUGCUCGACCGACACUUUCCAGAUAAACGGGCCGUGCGCGUACCAGAUCUGCUACCUCUACCUCUUCAGGAACGGGCACGACGGUUGGAGACCCAAGCACGUGACGGUUCAGGCUCACGCGUCCUCCUACUAUGGGCAGGCGCAGCCCGUCACCUUCUAUUACGGCACCUUCAUUCCCAGGGCCGUCUGGUAUGGGUUCAAUUACUGCGCCGGUCGUCGUGUGGCUCCUUCCUGAAGCUUAGCGAACUGCCUGGAUGGCGCAACACUUCAAUCAAGCCGACGUUCUCUGGGAGUGUGUGUAUCUUGUUAGCCUUUCUGUCUACUGGAUUUUGCUCAUCUUAAGACUUCCUCGAGCUUUCUCGCA